CAUGGCGUGUGAUGUAGUAGGAGAUGAUAAUUUGAUGUUCACGGAGUUCUUCCUGCCUUUUCCUUCAAAAAUGAGACUAUCCACAUCAGGCUGAUAAUCAUCACUGCUCUGACUGCUUUUCCAACGUUGAUGUUCAGUAUAUUCAUGCAGUUGAUUUUUUUUCACAUCCCAGGAUUGGAUGACCAAUCAGACGCCAGUAAAGAUGAGCUAGUGUGUGGAGGAGGGUCACUCUCUUUAGGUUAUAUUAAUCCAUCGUUCCCCUGCUCCACUCAGAAGGACAGAGACUCAGGAUGGCCCGGCCUCUGCAGCUCUUUGUCGUGGUCUCCUCCUUAAUAGCGGCCUCUCUGUGUGAUGUCUGUGUGGAAGCUGUUUUAGGAAGGCAGUUCACAUUUCCAGAAAACUGCAGCAAUGAUGGAGGAGAACUGUUCCGGUGUGAGCCGCAUGGGGAGGUGGAGGUGGCUGUUCUCCAGCAAGGUGUGUGGACACCUGCUCAAGGCUACGAAGACCGUAUCAGUAACAAUUCCUCCAUUAUCUUCUAUCACGCAUUUUACAAUGAUACCGGGGAUUUUGUGUUAAGGUGUAGAGAAGGCGUGCAAAUCAAAAUGAAAGUUAAAGUUCUGCUUCCCUUUAACGUAACAGUCAAAGAGGGAGAAAAGGCCACCUUCCCGUGCUUUUAUCAACGUAACUGCAGCAAGUCCGAGACUGUGCAGUGUGUGAAAAACGGGAAGCAGAAUUUCACCACAGACGAAGGAAACACGUGUGCUGAUGGCCGACUCUAUGUGUCACCUAAACGAGACCUUUGCCCAAACGUAACACGGGCUAAGAAGCAAGACGGAGGAGAUUAUCUUUGUUACAUCCAGUGUGAAGGGAAACGGUUCGCAUCUGUUGUGAGGCUAAAGGUCAACGAGACAUCCACUCCACCGCCUGCGUCGAAACCACAACAAGCCUGAGCUGCUGUCAGCUUGACAGAGGAGCAGUGCUGUGCAACAUCCACACACGAUCCAGUCACACGGACCUCCCUGCUUCUCUUUAGCUCAUCAGUGCCACCCGUUACACAUAUUUCUCAUUUUUAGCGUCUAAAAACAACAAGUUAGAAGUGCCAGAUUAGCUUGGAAACAAUAAAGUUUUUCAGACUUAUUAUCAUAAGAAAUGUGUUCUAACAGGACAGUCAUAUCUCUUUAUAUUUUGUUCAUUUCUUCCUUGAUUUUUAGUUUAUGAUUAGUUUGCAUGACUUUUACAUUUUAUCGAUCUGCCUUUGUAUUUCUACUCAUCCUGUAACUCGUUGGUUUCUCCAGUGUCUUCUUUGGUGCCUUCAGUCUACAUACAGUCCUUCUCUUUAUAUUAAUAAAUGAGUUUAAAAG